UGGAAAAGAAAUGCAAAUGCCGGUUCGCUUGCCGGAAUGGACUGGGCUGGUAACUCAUUUAGGACCAAAUUUUCAAGAUAUUGGUCUGGAAGCCCAUUUGAUUCGGCCCACGAUACUAAUUGCCGGCAACCAACGACAUUGCUUACGAGUCGUCUUCACCUGAACCGCCAAACCCAGCUGGCCGGGGAGGUGGGGGCCAACCAGAAACCAAAAGCAGCGAGAUUUCUUCCGGCAGAGAUUGUGGCCUUGUGGGGGGAAAAACGGAGAUCGUCGGUGAAGAAGUUGCGGAGACUUCGGGUCCUGAUUUCCCUGGACUUUCAAUUGCUUCUUCCACCCAUCUCUUUUAUGGAGACUGCGUUAGAUUGCAGUCCUGCAUGGUGGUGUCCCACAAUGCAUUGUUGGUUCGGAUUGCUUAUCUUCGUGCACCUCUGGUUCGCAUAG